AUGUCGUUUUCCUUCUUCAAGCCGUCGCGGCCCAAGACGCCGCAGGAGGUGGUGAGAGCGAUCAAGGAUAGCCUCAACGCUCUCGAUACCGAAACCGUCGUCGAUGUUAAAGCCCUCGAAAAGGCAUCGGAAGAAGUUGAGAAGAAUUUUGUGACUUUGAAAUAUAUGCUCCAAGGGGAUGCAGAGGUUGAACCGAAUAUGGAACAAGUUUCGCAGCUAGCCAUUGAGAUUUGCAAGGAGGAUGUGCUUACUCUUAUGGUUCACGAGUUACUCAAUUUAGGAUGGGCAGCAAGAAAGGAUUUAGUCCACUGUUGGUCAAUAUUGUUGAAGCAUAAGGUUGAGUCGACUCAUAGCUGCGUGGAGUAUAUUGAGAAUCAUUUGGAGUUAUUAGAUUUUCUUGUUGUAAGCUAUGAUAGCAAAGAAAUUGCCUGGAAUUGUGGACAGAUGUUAAGGGAAUGCAUCAAAUUUCCAACACUUGCAAAGUAA